AUGGGUAUAAUCACUGUUAAUGAAGAUGAAUCAACAAAACAAAAUUCCUUAGAGCCGGAACUUAGUAAACUUGAUAAAAUUCCAAAGUUUGAACCAUUGGUUAAACCAAAUGUCAAUGAUUCAGGUUUUUCAUUAAUUGGAUUUUGGAACUCUUCUAAUCAUUCAAUGAAUAAAAAUGAAAAAGAUCCAUCUUUUAAUUAUGAUUCUUUAUACAAUUUUUUCAACAAUUAUCAAACACACAUAAGAAGAUGCAGAAUUAUAAUGGAUACAGUUAAGCACGUGGAUGAAUAUUGUGCAAGAAUUAGUCAAUCAAUGUUAAAUGCUCAAUUACAAACAAAGAUAAAUCAAGAACAAAUUAACGUUGGCAAGUGGCCAACACUUCAUAAAUUAUUUAUAAAACAACAAAAACUCUUACAGCAACCCAAUAAUCAUCUUAAACCAUUUCAAUUUGAGACAAAAAGGGUUUCUUUACAUCAACCAAAAGCCUAUACCAAUGUAGUAGCAGUAGUAUCGUUUGAUAAUGUCUUGUCUGAUAAACAUCAAGACCUUGAUGAUAUAUUAAAAUCUACAAAACAGUCUACUAAUAAAUCUACCGAUAAAUCAAAUACUCCUACUUCUACCAUUGCUCCGCCUUCAAUUUCAACAACCUCAAUAGAAAGCGUUGUUUCAGAUAGAUUAAAAGAAUUUGUUUUGAGUAAUAAUAACACAUCAUAA